UGUUUUAAUCAUAGUUUUAAUCUCGGUUUUGAUAUUUCUGCUGUAUGCGCAGGGCACAUUGUUAUGGUCACUUCAAACUGACAAGUGCAACUGGGGAUUUCACGAUGGGGCUGAAAUAGCCCGGGUGCCUAUGUAGUCUAGGUGCGCUGUCGUCGCGUGCGGCGAGUGUUACAAGAGUCGAUUAUCUUUGGGUGCCAUGGGUGACGAUCAAGGUCAGGUGCGCUGCCUGGUCUCGGGCCCGUCGCUGUGUCCAUCGUACGUGCGUUUUGUGAACAAGACAAACCGCCACGUGGAUGUCAUCUGGCUCAACUAUGAAGGCCUGCGCAUCAAGUACAAGAGCCUUGGGCCAAAUCAGGCAUACGAAGUGUCACCCCUUGGUAACAGCGGCCUUUUUUGGCAUUGCAAAAAGAUGCUCGAUGUGGACACCUUUGUGAACCAUCCAUGGAUCUUCCGGGACACGGUGACACGUGAUCGUAUGGUUGUUCAUCAAAAGGAGGUGUUCCACCCUCCCGAGCCGUCACGCCUGGGCCCUGAUGGGCAACCCCAGUACACCCGCAAGGUGGUGCUCAUCACCCUGCCUGUGUGCUCGCUGAAGGAGAACUGCUUCCAAGAGAUCCGGCGCUGCAUCGUGUCACCCGAGGCCAUCCGCCGAACAGGCAUUCCACAGUCGCUGCAGAUGGACUACCUCAUCUUUCUACAGCAGCAAUGAAGAGGAAGCGAUGGCAUGGGCGCCGUGUGCAGUGGUGGACGUAUGCGUUCCCAACUUUGGACCUACACCGCUGAUGUGCAGCCAGUGCGCAUGUGACAUUCAGUGGCAAAUACAAGCAGGGGCUGAAAAUACGCACACUUUAGCAGAUAUGAAGGCUUUUUGUUAUCAGAAGAAAAUUGGUCAACUUGCAGCAGGGGUAAGCUCGCUGCUUUCUUCGCCUCCCCUGAGCAGGCUUGUCUUCAAGUUGGCUUAUCUGCAUGCUGGGUUUUGAAGCGUUAGUCAAUGAGUGUCACUUGUGUGAAAAGAAGUGUUUAUUUUUGAAAUUAGAUUCUCUCAGGUUUUAUGACUUCAUUGUGAAAGUGCGUGUAAGUGGGUGUGUGAAUGUGUUUGGUAUGUAUAUGUUUGGUGUGAAUGAAAGGCAGAGUGAGGGGUGUAAACCAGGAAAUAGCAGCACUGUUUGGAAAAGGACAAGCUACUAUCAAGUUGUUGGCCUGUUCUUUCCUGACAAAAAGAGGAGUUCUGGGUGUAAAACUACUGCCGGCAGUGUUGGAGUAAUAUAAGUGGCCAUUGAUCAAGUUGUUGUUUCCAGACUAUAUAUAAAAAGAAAAGAACUUGUGGAGCACCGGUAUCUUCUUUAUGUAGGCCUUGUCUUGCAGUAAGCCAGCUAUUUUUGCUCUAAGUCGUAGCAUGUUAUUGUGCAGAGCUGCAAAGGCACAAACAUGGCAGGGCAAACACAUCAAGUGCAAUGUGCCGCCAAGGUGAUUUAGUCUACUAAUUAUGAGUUGUAUUUAAAAACUUGUUGAUUGGUUGGCUGAUGGAGUGAUGCUUAAUGUUUCUGAGCAACUCGUCAACUAUGCAGGGAGUGCCUUAAUGGGGGGGAAGCCCUUUAUUAAUUUUGGCCAACAAAAAGGUUGGUGCACAAGUGUUCUUGCAUUUUUACCCCCACUCGAAUGCAGCUGUGGUAGCCAGGAAUUAAGAACCCUUGGCUUUGGAGCAGAAUUCUACACCCACAGAGCCACCGUGAUGUAUAGAGAAGAGGAGCAAGGACAUGCAAGCAUGCUAGUCAGUAUUCCGUGGCGUACACUGUAGCAUAACUUGACAAACAAGUGACAAAUACAAGGUCUAAUUUCCAGUCUAACAUUACUUAGUUUUCAUCCCCAUGCACAUAAUGGCACAGUUUCCCACAGUAAAGAAUUGUUCGCAUUUUUUCUAACCUACCUUUUGUUACUUGAUUUUAUCUUAAGGCAUAAUAAUGACAGUGUCUUUCACAAUAAAAUUCACUUGGAAGAGAGCGCCAUUGUUGAGUUUCUCGCCUUCUUGUCUAGAGUUCUGCUUUGCCACACACUAAGCAAGAAAACUAGGCUGAUGAAAUGCCAGGCAUGAGUCAAAAUGGAUUCCUGUUGAGCCCACAGCUAUACUCGUUGAGGUGUAGAUUAAACAGUCAAUCCCAGUUGGUUGAUGAUUUCUGGACCCAUGCACUGGGCGGUCCAUCACUAUUGUGGGUGUGAUUCCUGGCCACUGCAGCUGCAUUCCAACCAUGGCAGUGUGGCCAGAUUUUUAUGCUCAUGAGAAAAGGACCCCAAGUAAUCUGAAUUAAUCUUUAGUCUUUGGUGUGAUGUCCCUGGUAGCCACUUUGGUGUAGCAUGGGGAUGCCAGAUUCAAUCACCAAAUUAACACAAGUGCACUUGACUGAACAAGCCACCUAGCAUGACUUCACUCCGCAGCACGCAGGAAGUUGCAUGAAAACAAAAUGUUCUAGCUUCCUAUAUCCUACAAUAAUGCAUUGCAUCAUGCACAUUUUCCUGCUGUUGUGAAUGUGCGUAUACGAGGGUGCACUGAUUCAUGCAAUGGGAUUAAAAUAUUCACUGAGGCAAGCUAGCCACAAGAUACUGGUGCAAGCCGCUAUAUAAGUGGGGCACAUGUGUAAUAAGAGUGCUGUGGCAGUCGUACUAGUGCUAAACAUUUCCUUAUGAGGCAGUGUACAUGUCCAAGCGCCACGAUACACAGCUGCUGAACUUGGAAGUUCACUUAUGUUUUACAAGGUACCACAUAUGUGCCCAGCGCUUUGGCAGAAUUCAAGCUUCGCAUGGACUUCCACAAAAGUAGUUGUAAACAACUUUGUGGAACUGUUCAACAAGCGGGGCACCCACAUGCAUCCAGUCAGCUGUCAUAACUGGCAUGAAAGCUUGCGCCUUGUUUCUCCUGCAGCAUUUAACAGCAACACACUGCCCUAUUUAUUGUUUGUGCUUGCAGUAUAUUUAUGAGGAUGUGCAGGUUUCCUUUGUUUCAUGGUCAGGCAAUAAGUUUCUCAAUAUUCUUUGAAGCUUUAGUUUUCAUGUGCUGAGGUUAGGUCACAUGUGCAACGGUGAAAGCCUGCCUCAUCUUGGCCAUGAACUUUCAAGCCGCUAGGUGCAUAGAUAUGUACACAGGUGUGGGGAGUAGGAAUGUGGGAUUUCUAGGCAUGCUUCCACAAUUUAACAAGUAGAGCAUGCUGUGCCGAGGAAAUUGGGUUUGAAAUCAACCAUUGGACAUGGAUUUUUGAGUCAUGCGAUAGCAGUUAGAUAGCAACAUGUCAAAGGAGCGUUAGUAGGCUAAGAAUGUUAAUUGCAUUAAAAUACAUAUGUCUUCAUUGGUAGUGCAGCAACCGGUGCCACUGGCUCCUGCAUUUAUGUUUCCUUGUCAUUUUUUUUAAAGAAAAGUGUGGUCAAGCUCAACUGUGAUUUAACAAUAAAAAAAAGGAAGACAUGU